GGACAAAAGGACUAGGUCGAGAUCAGGUUUUUGCAUUCGCCAACUCUGAACUCCUUGUUACCCAAUGACUCUAGCAUUCCAAGAAGGCGAUCAGAUUCUGUGUUUUCACGGACCUCUUUUGUAUGAGGCCAAGGUGCUAAAGGCCGAAAACUGGGUGGGCAAAGAGGGACAGGAGGAUGGCCAGUAUUAUUUUGUGCACUACAAGGGAUGGAAGCAAACAUGGGAUGAAUGGGUCCCAGAGUCACGCGUGCUAAAGUAUUCAGAAGAUAACCUCAAAAAACAAGCCGACCUUAAAGAAUCCCUAAAAUCCAAAAAAGCAAAGGAAAGCAAAAGACAGCAGGAAAAGGAGGGGGACAAGAACCGGAAGCGGCCACGGGAAUCGACUGCGGAGCGGGAAGAAGAGUUUCUGAGGCGGCCAGAGAUCAAAAUAUCGAUACCAGAGUCGUUAAAGAGUCAGCUUAUUGAGGACUGGGAGAAUGUGACAAAGAGUCAAAAGUUGGUGAGACUUCCGCGUGAAGUCAAUGUGGUGGAUGUCCUGCAGCGAUACCGAGAAUCUUUAAAGGAAGGGAAGGGCAAGAAAGGAGCGAAAGAAGGGGAUGAUGAUAUCGUUCAAGAAGUGCUCGAUGGAAUAGUUUUAUACUUUGAGCGCGCCCUUGGCAAUCUUCUUUUAUAUCGCUUUGAGCGACAGCAAUAUGUGGAAAUGAAGAAGAAGUUUCCGGACAAGUCAAUGGCCGAGUUAUAUGGAGCUGAGCAUCUUUUGCGCCUAUUUGUGAAUUUCCCCACCCUACUCGCUCAUACGAACAUGGAACCCGAGGCGGUGGACAUGCUGAAAGACCAAUUCACACAGAUUCUAGAGUGGAUGCAAGCGCACCAACAACAGCUAUUCCUGGCAGAGUACGAUAACGUCAGUCCGACGUAUAUUGCGCAAAUGAAAGCAAGCAGCUAAACCGUGAAAGAUUGUAUUUCAUUUUCAUUUUUAUAAUAUGUUCUUAAACCGCGGACACACAUACGCCAACUUGUGAUUCUGUCUACUUGCGACAAAA